AAACAAAGAACCAAAAAAAACUGUACCAUGGCUGCUACAAAGCUGACUGCCCGCAAAUCCACCAGGAAACAGCGGGCUACAAAAGCCGCUCAUAAGAGUGCGCCCUCUACUGGAGGGGUGAAGAAACCUCAUCGUUACAGGCCUGGUACUGUGGCACUCCGUGAAAUUAGAUGUUAUCAGAAGUCCACUGAACUUCUGAUCCGCAAACUCCCCUUCCAGGAUCUAGUGCGAGAAAUUGCUCAGGACUUCAAAACAGAUCUGCGCUUCCAGAGUGCAGCUAUUGGUGCUUUACAGGAAGCAAGCGUAGCCUAUCUGGUUGGCCUUUUUGAAGAUACCAACCUGUGUGCUAUCCAUGCCAAACGUGUAACAAUUAUGCCAAAAGAUAUCCAGCUAGCACGCUGCAUACACGAAGAAUAUGCUUAA